AUGACCUCGAGGAAGGGUUGUGAGAAUGGAUGGACAGUGUCCUACAUUAGCCAAGACUGUGAAGAAAUUCCGGAAUUCCUAGGAAGAAAAUAUGGACAUAUGGCAAAAAGGCUAGACCUUAGUUUCAACUUGUUAAGGUCACUGGAAGGACUGAAAACAUUCAGUUACUUGGAAGAGCUGAUCUUGGACAACAAUCUACUCGGAAAUGACCUUCUGCUACCCAGGUUACCCUGCCUCCAUACCUUAACGCUCAACAAGAACCAAAUAACAGAAUUAGAAAGCCUUUUGGACCAUUUGGCUGAAGUUGUGCCCUCACUGCAAUAUCUCAGUUUGCUUGGAAAUGUGGCCUGCCCGAAUGAACUGGUCUGCAAAGAAAAGGAUGAAGAUGACUACCAGCGGUACAGAUAUUUUGUCCUGCACAAGUUGACAAACCUGAAAUUUCUCGAUACUCGGAAAGUAACCAGGAGAGAGAGAGAGGAAGCCUUGGUGAGAGGUGCCUUCAUGAAAGUGGUUAAGCCCAAGGAUGCCAAGGCCUCCAGUGAUGCUUCCUCCACCUCUCCAGAGAUGCUCUAUACACCCCUGCCUUCAGGAUCCAGAGACCUCACCAAUCACAGAGGCAUUUUGGGAAAAUGCCGCUACAUUUACUAUGGAAAACAUUCUGAGGGCAACAGAUUCAUCCGAGACGACCAGCUAUAA